AUGGAAGUUCUCAAAUAUAUAGCAAUCGUUGGUGUAAUUUUAACAUUGAGUGGCCAAUGCAAUGGACAGCCUGGGGCAGAGGUUCCAUUAAGUUCAUGGAAUAUUAAUGUUUUGAACGAGAUGAGCAAAGACUCAUUGUUUCUUCAUUGUAAGUCUAAAGAUGAUGAUUUAGGUGCACGAAAUUUAGGUAUAAAACAACAAUUUUCAUGGAGUUUCAAGGAGAAUGUAUGGCAAACGACGUUGUAUUGGUGUUAUAUGCACAACGCCAAUAGUCAUGCUUCAUUUAAUGUAUUUUGGCCUGAGAAAUCUGGUUGGCUUGCUUUUAGAUGUCAACCCAGAAACUGCAUUUGGUCUGCUCGAGAUGAUGGAAUUUACUUGAAGACCAACCCUCAUAAUACUUUUGAGCGCAUACAUACUUGGGAACCCGGGAUGUGA